AUGGCCACCCGCGUGGACGCGCCAGAGCUAGAGAAGACGGACAACGUCAAGGAAGGCGUCGUGUGCGCCGUGGUCGUGCUCGUGCUGGCGGGCGUGCUGACGGCGGUGGGGUUGUACAUGUCCUUCUGGCCCAGCGACAUGGACGGUGACAACUCCGGCUCUUCGGUUGCCGCUCGGAACGACCCGCUGUGCCAGGGCAGCCGUUGCGCCGACGCGACCGCCAGGCUCAAGGCCAUCAUGAAGACGGACGCGGACCCGUGCGAGAACUUCUACCGGUUCGUGUGCGGAAACUACGAGAGCCCUUCGCGCCAGAUGCUCGCGCAGAUGGAGGACGAAAUGUACGCGUCGCUUGCCAAGACGCUCGAGAAGGCGAAGCUCCCGCCGAGCGAACAGACCGCCCCCGAGAAGGCGGCCGCGCUCUACAAAGCCUGCAGCAUGGGGGUCCGCAAAGGGGAAGUGGACGACAGCGCCUUCAUGAAGCAGUUCAUGGAGCACGUGGGCCUCACUGCGAACACCUACGCCAGCGCUGAGCCCCUGGACAAGAUGGUCAUGCUGUUCUUCCGCUACAAUCUGGGCAGCGUGCUGGACUUGUCCCUGGUCGACACGCGGGUCCACCGGGGUCACCGCGUGCUCCGUGUGGGCCUCAGCGCUGCGCAUCUCUGGUGGCUCGGCAAUCGCGGCCGUGCCGACGCCAACUCCUUCUACCGCCGGCACCUGGGGCCGUUCGGGUUGGACCCGAAGAGCGCCCUGGCCAGAGAUGCGGCUGGGGAGAUCAUCAACGCUGAGACUGUCGCGAUAGCGGAGCUCAUCGGGCGUUCGAACCCGGGCGAGGGUUUUGGCGAAUUCAUCUACAUGGUGUCAGAACUAAAUCACCUGGCGCCUUGCGAGACUGGAAAUUGGGAGAACCUGAUAUCCAGAUACUCCAGCCAUGUCUACGGUGCUGAUGACGAAGUAAUGGUCCAGAAGCCGGACAUUGUUCGCUUCGCCAAUCUUUGCCGGUACCUGGGCCGUGCGCGGCUCAGUCUGCUCGUCAGCUGGGAGCUUCUGCGCACUCUGAUGCCGCUCUCGUCCCCUGGCGUGGCCAUGCAUUACAAGGACGAGAUGGCGAGCCACAUGUGCCUGCGGGCCGUCGCGCGAGCCAUGGAGGUGCCACUCCUCUCGUGGUACCUGUUCAAGGAGGUGCCGCCGGGCGCAGUGGCCAAGGCAAAGGAGAUGGCCGACUACAUCCGCAAGUCCAUUCUGGAGGAAAUCGACUCGUCCACCUGGUUAGACGGCACGACCAAGCGGACGGCUAUCAACAAGGUGUACUCCAUGCGGCUGCACGUCGGCUACCCCUCGCACUUCGCUAGCCGCGAGGACAUCGAGCGCUUCUACAGCUCCUACCCGGACGUCGAGGAUCGCUUCCUCCAGCCCUGGCAGGAGGCCAUGAAGAAAACCGUUCAAUGGAUGACCAUCGACAACAGCAGCUUCUGGUGA